AUGAAGUCGAGCAAAAAGGACACCCAUUUGGUAGCGACCUCCUCCCGUCGCCUAAAGGAGGGAGAAGGCUCGAAGACCGACAAGGCCAACCCGGACGUCGAAGAGUCCGCCGGUCCAUCCUCUUCGUCGGAACAAGAGACGCUAGCUUCUCGAGAUCGGGGUGCAAGCCAUCGUAAAGCGAGGCCGCUGCCGAACGAAAACGUCCUCAACGACGCCAUGCUCCAGUUCGCGGUCGAUGUGUACUUGCAGCUGAGAGGCGGCACCAGCGCAGCUUCUUCCAACGUGCUGUUCUCUCCUCUGGCCGUGCAGACCGUUAUGGCCCUGAUGCUGGCCCUCGCCGAGGGACGCACUGCCGCCCAACUAGCUCAAGCACUCCACCUGCACGGCUGCCCCUACGACGACUUCAAGCUGUACAUGCGGCGUCGCGCAUACAAGCUCACCGGUCUGGCGGGAGGACUCAACUACUUUUGCUUCAACAACAAGACCCAGCUAAUCACGGGCACUGACUUGGACCGUGACGCCUCAGCCGGCAGUCCUCUACGCGCGGUCAUUGACUCCUUGCUCGUGGAGCACCAGCACGCCGAUUUCGCAUUAGAUGGCGAGGGCGUUCGUGAGCGCGUCAACGAGUGGCUACACGUGAUGUCGGCGUUCGAGUGCGAGCACGCCAUACCUCAGGGCGCUGUGAACGGCACCACGUCGUUCCUGGUGGCCAGUGUGACGUCACUGCGGGCGGCCGACUGGAAGUGGAAGUUCCGUCUCAAGGACACCACGUCGGCCCUCUUCUACGAGUCGUCCGGAGCCGCGAAGAGAGUGACCAUGAUGCGUCAACGGGGUCACUUUCCGACGGCCGACUGCGACGAGGAACUGGACGCCGCCGCCCUGGAGCUCCGCUACCGGCGCUACAAGAAGUCCAUGGUGCUCAUUUUGCCACGGAAGCGGGACGGACUGACCGCCCUGGAGACGGCGCUGACGGGACCCAGGCUGCAGAGCUGCCUGGACCGGCUCCAAGACCGAGGCAGCGUCGACGUCAGGCUGCCCAAGUUCGCCGUCAAGCAGGCCUUCGACCUCAACAACGUACUACCCAGGUUGGGCGUCGUGGACUUGCUCGUGCCGGGGCUCGCCGACCUGCCGGGCUUAGCAGUGGGUGACGCCGGAUCCUCGGGGCGCGCCAGCGUGAGGCGUCACCUGUCUCUCGCGGUCCACUGCGCCUCCGUGCAAACCAAGGAGAAGGGCCACAAGGUCGGCCCGUGGGACGACCCGCAGGCUCGCCUGACGUUCACCGUGGACCACCCGUUCAUGUUUGUGGUUCUCAGCAGGGCUCCAGAAGCAGUGCUGUUCAUGGGAUCA